AUGAAUGAUGACGAAUCAGCUAUCAGAGAAGCAGACUUCAGACCGCAGCAGCAACCGAAAGUGGUCCGUCUCAGAGAACCUCGCAACCCUACCUCGCAGCAGUCGACUCAGACCGAUUUUGUCGACUUGGAUGAACCUUUGGAUGAAGACUUGCUUCUAUCCCCUACCAGAACUGUCGAUCUUGAUGAAAUUGAGGAUUUGACACUCCCUUCUGACCCUCUUUGCCCUACCUCUGAUGCUGCUAGCUUCCAAACUGUCGAAGACAGCAUGACUGACCUCACAAGAACCAUGCCAGGCGCGCUACACCUCAGUUCUUCCCCACCAGAAAUUCCAACGCAGCGAAUCGCCCGAUCGAUGAAGAUAUCGUCCCCUCCACCUCCUCCACCUACGCCGAACCCUCCUCGAACCGAAAAUCGACCAAUCUGA